AUGGUGAUAGCUAUAGAGAAAGCAGCAGAAACUGUUGCUAUAGUAACCAGGCCAAGCUACCAGGAAAAGUCUGUUUAUUCCAAUCUGGAAUAUUCUGAUCACAGACGUCACAAAGAACAAGUUAAUUUCCGUCCAGUUCUUCACCCGAUACGAUACUCAGACACAGCUUUUGUGUAUCUGAACAACACACGUAAACGCUUCCUUAGCAGAACUUUCUACGAACCACGUGUGCGCCCUCAAAGUUUCUCAGACACCACAUUUAACCGCCCAAAAACAGUCGAGCAUCAUUAUGUUUCAUAUCUUGAUCAUCAUGUGGAUAAAAACAGGAAAUGGUUUAAAACAUGCAUAGAGAUUAAAGCGAAAAAUUUCACUUCUGCACAGAUUUUGCGGUCACAAAAUAAUAAUUACAUCAACACAUCUGCCAACACAACUUUAUCGACCAGUAUUUCUGGUCCUUUAUCCCCCGGGGGACUACUAGCAGAAAAUGGUGCGGAUCUUCAUGCAGGUUCAGUCCAAAAUGGUGGAUCUUUUAAAGAAAAGUAUGAUCCUGGAGCAUCUCAAGUCUUUAUUCCCCAAAGACGAGACUAUCCAUUUGGUAACAAGUCACUUGUUAAUGGGGAAGUUACCUUCAACUUUCCGAACAGUAAAGUUGAUCUAAACUACACAGGAAUUACGGACAACUUCUCGGAUGUUUAG